GUGUGCGUGGGGAGCCAUGUCAGCUGUCAGCUGUGGUGGCGGCAGCAGCAGCAGUGUUGACACAGUGGAGAGCAGGAGGGGUGUAGGCCAGUGUCACCACCACACACACUCUGUCAUGUGAGUGCCACUCACACCAUCACAACACAGUCACCAUGGGGCCCUCCAGGCCUUCCACGGGCAUCACCAGCCCGGCUAAGAUGACCGCCAAUAUAUUUGUGUCCUUUAUAGGUGCAGGGAUGCUGGGACUUCCCUUUGCUUACAAAGAGGCUGGCAUUAUGGAAGGUGCACUGAUCAUGGCAGUGGUUGGUUAUCUCAGUGUAGCUGCCAUGCUUAUGCUUAUUGACUGCAAGUAUGCUAUUCUUACAUCAGGUGGCAGGGCUGGUGGUCGAUCAAUCAUUAUGGAUACAAAGAUUCCACUCAUUCCACCGGACUCAUCAGAUGAUGGGGAUGAAGAUGAUGAUGAGCGCCAUCCUCCCACCCCAUCAACAGAUCUGACCUAUGGGGAUGUAGGACUUUAUGCCCUCGGCCCAGGUGGCAAGAGACUAGUAGACAUAGCAAUUGUUGUGUCCCAAGUUGGGUUCUGCUGUGGGUACCUGAUAUAUUUGUGUAAAAAUCUUAAUGUAUAUUUACCAAGAAUUAGUCAGCGUUUAUGGGUGAUGCUCCUGAUACCACCCCUUUACUGCCUCACAUUACUCAGGCACCUUAAUAAGCUGGCUGUUUUCAGCUUAUUUGCACAGGUGUCAAAUGUACUGGCCUUGACUGUGGUAUUUUGGUUUGAUUUCUCUCAUUCAGAAGAAGUGCCUUUUACACCAAAGGAGUUUUCCAUGAAGGGGUUUCCAUUCUUCUUUGCAGUUUCUAUCUACUGCUAUGAGGGUGCAGGGAUGAUCCUUUCUUUGGAAGAGUCAAUGGCAGAGCACAAACGUGAUAAAUUUCGUUCCAUCUUUAUUUGCACUAUGACAGGGUUAACAAUGCUGUACAUAUCCUUUGGGGUGUCAGGCUAUGCAUCAUUUGGCCCACAUACGAUGGACAUAAUCACACUGAACCUUCCUCAUGGAAAUGGAACUGUAGACUUCGCAGCGAUGGUGAAAAUCUGCUUGGGUGUAUCUUUAUUCUUUACCUACCCCAUGAUGAUGUUUCCUGUAACGCACCUCUUGGACAAAACAUUUGGGUUUGCCAGUGCACCUUACAGAGGGAAUAUGAUGCGGAUGGUACUGGUGGUUAUGACCGGGUUGGUGGUGAACGCUGUCCCCAACUUUGCCAUUCUGAUGAGUUUGAUUGGUGCAACAUGCUGCACUCUUUUGGCCUUUAUCCUUCCAGCAGCUUUUCAUCUCUCAAUAUUCAAACAAAGAUUAACCAAGCGACAGAGGUACUUUGACAUAAUGCUGAUUGUGCUGGGUUCUUUCGGAUCUGUCGUUGGUCUGUGGGAUGCCCUCAACCGCAUGCAUGAAGGACACGAAUCAUUGCUUGAUGUCAAUGAAUUCUCAUCAGUAAAAAAUGCAACCUUGAAUAAUAUUCAUGCAGCAGUCUCUGUUGCUCCAGUUGAUUAUAUGAAGACUUUAUCUACUUCAGUGUUGUCAAGUAUUUCCACAGCAGAGGGCAAAUUUAAUGAGACUAAUAAAAGUGAAGGACUGACUAGGAAAAGUAUUCAAACUAAAACUCAGUCACAUAAUAAUACAGCAAUUGUAGCAAGAGAUAAAGCCAAACUGUUAGAGACAAAUGCCACGUCGACAUCAACUAGAGCAGCAGGUGUAAAAGUUUGGGUUAAGAGUAAUACUGCUCCAACCAGUGCUUCAUCCCAGCCAUCUGAUGUAGUCAAUACAUUAACUGCAUCAUUGAUUGCUCCAAAAGAGGCAAGUAGUGUACCAGUUUCUGACUCGCAGAUAAGUACUGGUGAAGAUCAUCAGGCAAAAACGGCGUCUGUACUGAAAACUUCAGGUGCUGUCCUUCCUACUAGUGAGGUUGCUCUAGAACCCUCACAUUUCAUUCCAAAUGACAGUAAUACUUGAACAGUGCUUAUGUAUACAAUGUUAAUAUGUUAAUAUUGUACAUAUGUUGUAAGAUAUCCAUGCUAUUAUGUUUGUAAUGUGAAAUAUUUUUCUGGUUCGUUAAAAACUUGCAUACUUGAGUACACAAUUGUUGUGGUAAAAUUCUCAAUUAGGUGUCAGGUUGAAGAAAAUGUUGUGCAAUACUAAUAUUGUGAUAUAAAGAAAUCAACACUUUAACUUUCCAUAAAAUUUAAUUUAUUGUACAAUAUAAUUUAAUUUAGAUUUUUUUAAGAUUAUCCCACUUUUUCUGGGGGAGCCUCUUCAUCUCCCAGGAGCUAUCCGGGCUGAUAUGAAUGUAUUUGACCGUGACAUCAGUCAAAGCGAAUGGAGUUCUUAGGCCUACCGGGGACGAUGAGCCAUAACCUGGUCCUCCCGGAGAGGCACGAGGACCAAUGGCCUAUAGAAAUCGCCCGUGUAGUUGGAAAUCAUUCUGUCUGCCAUCUACCAGGUCAGGCACCCAGAAAGGUAGGUGCCUCAAAACCAACCCUAUCUGGUUACAAAUUUGCUACUAAAAGCCGAACUGUUAGACAAGACUGCCCAAAUUAAAAUGAGCAUACAAGCAUGACGUCCCAACAAUUACCACGCUGUUGUCUGUGCAGCUCCCUCCUCCCCAGGAGGGGGGAAUGGGGAGCUCCAGACUUCCCGGACCGGCUAUCCACCCCUAGUUCUGAGGCUUAUGCGAGACCUGGCAGUCGUGCGACUCUGGUUCCAGACUUUGUCCAAUGUUGUGUCUUGUGGUGUAGUCCAGUCCUGUGGUGGUGUGUGAGCCAGGAGUAAUUUCACAAAUACUCAUGCUGCAAGAACCUAGGGUUACCUUCCCUAGGUGCCCUGUAAGUACUGCCCUUGUGGCUUGGAGUUACCUUCCACAAGUCGCUUGGGACCUACCUCUGCCAUGGUCUUUUGCUGCUCGGAGAUUGCCCACCCUUGAUGUCAGCUGGGAUGUUUCUUGCACCACUGUUUGCCUCUGGGAAGGAAGUAGCUUCAUCACUGGUAGGGGCACAAAAAUACUGUGCAGCUAGUUUUCACAUAAUACAGCAGCCGACUCUGUUCAGCCUGUGACGUACUUGUGAGAGGUUUUUCUUUUAUUUUUGUUUUCUGCCUGGUGGAGGGUGUGCCCCUUGGUGUUGUUGACCCUUAUACAUGUAUUCUUGGUGGUCCUUUGCUAGGUCCCCGUGUGUGUGCUCAUUACAGGGGUUCAGCAAUUUGUAGUUCGCUUGGUAGUUUGGGGCGCUGGUUAGCAGUACCUUGCCUGGGCUUCCCUUAGCAGUGUGUCAAAGGGCCCUGGAAAUCCCUACUGGAGCACAGUGGUCCAAUGGAUGCGUCCCCUGGGUUCCAGCUUGCUUUUUUUUAUAUUUUUUUUAGAUAUAUACUAGAGUUGUUACAUUCUUGUACAGCCACUAGUACGCGUAGCGUUUCGGGCAGGUCCCUGGAAUACGAUCCCCUGCCGCGAAGAAUCGUUUUUUCAU